CCGUGACGCAAUUCACACUCUCCUGCUGCAACACAUUAAAAUAUGAACCGCCAGGGUUCCGACGUGAGGAUGCUUCUUUUGGGUGUCAUUGUCAUUUUAAAUUGUGAGUAGAGAGGGGGGUGUCGCUGUCUGAACACCACCCAUUCACCAAAACAACACACGGGAUCAGCGUCUCUUUGACAGAUCUCGCUGUCGGUCCGCACCUCUCGCUGGGUGCACCCUCCGCAGGCUCCGGACACAGAAAGCUCUCCGCGCAGGGAUCCUCAUCGCAUUACGCACAUUUGAAGCCAGGAUGCAGAGCAAACCAGUGGCCUGUACAUGAAGAUGCGAUAACUACGCUGUGUGGAGCAUUGGAAGACAUCUGUGGAGCAACUGUGGCUCAUGUCCAUCUAUGGUGCUGUGAAGUGCACAGGGAUGCUAGCACCAUGAGUGCAGGUUGUGUUGCAAGAGGAGAUUGAAUGCUUCUUUAAUCUCAAGGCUGUGAGCCCUGUGCAGGCUGGUGAUGAGCAGUCAGGGCAGCAGCAGCUGGGGAAAUGGCCAGCAUGCUGACACCCCUCCACCUCGCCACGCCCCUGGACCCAAGCUGCAGGUGCAGCGCUCCCUCUCUCGUGACACCAUCACCAUCCACUUCUCUGCUCUGGGGAAGGAGGAAGACGACGAGGAAGAGGAGCUCUAUGGCGUACCUCUUGAAUCUAAAUCUGAGCUUGAUGUUGAAGGGGCUGAUGUUCCGCCUGUCCUCAAGGGCUUGGAGGCAAGUGAGGAGCUUCUGUUUGAAUCUGCUGGAAUGGAGACUUCCUCUGGAGCUGCUCUACUUCCUGUUUCCUCCACCACCCUGUCUGCAGAGCCUGCAGAGCUUCCCCCACACACACCUUCUCCAGCUAUGACUAUUACCCCAACCGCCACACACCCCCACCUGAGCUCCACCCCCCCUGCCAGCUCAUCCUGGCCCUCUGAACGACCCUCCGCCAACCUCCCAUCCUCGGGCUCCUCCUCCCCUUCCAAGUCUGCAGCGAUGUCCUCCUCCAAGCCUUUCCUCAGCCUGGUCAGGUCCUUGUCCAACGACGUUGAGUCUCGCGAGACUACUCCUCCACCUCCAACUACACCAUCGCACGCCAGGCACCGUCACUUAAUGAAAUCUUUUGUCAAGUCUCUUUCCACGGACACUUCAAAGGCCGAACAUCAGGAAGGGCCUCUUCAAGUGCAGCCAUCCCAGCGGCCUCCACCUCGCAACAUGCAGCUCUUCAAACAGUUCUCCCAGCCUCGCUUAUGCUCCAGCCCCGUCGUUGUCACUAAAGCUGGUGGAGACUCCAAAACUGCUCCUUCUUCCCCCAUAAUGUCCCCAGAUGGAAGAUCUUUCUUCAAGGUCCAAGAGGUGGAGGCCAGGAUCGAGGAUACCAAGCGACGGCUUUCAGAGGUGAUGUCCGACCCCCUGCAGCUCUUCAGUAAGAUCAUGGGGGAUGAGUCUGGUGGAGGAGCUGCAGGAAGUGCCGCUCAUCGUGCCAAAUCGCUGUCCUCCAGCGCGUCAGAGCUCAGCGGAGCGACCACGGUGAAUGGACACACGGAAGGGAACAACAACUAUAGCAUCAAGGAGGAGGAAGGGGCAGAAGAGGAAGAAACAGGCAAGGGUCCAGAUUCUGUUUUGUUCUCCUUCCCAUCGCUGGCCCCUGCCCCCGCCCAGGCCUCCUCCUCCUCCACUUUCGCCAGGUCUCCCUCUCUCACUCUGGGCCGCUGCUCCAUGUCGGCACUGGUAGCCCGACAGGAAGACGAGGACUUCUGCGAACUGUACAGUGAAGACUUUGAGUUGUGUACCGACACAGAAACGCCAGAAGGGGAUCGCCCAGGCUCCCAGCAGCCCCACACUGGUAGCACUGGGCUGUGUAGUGAACUUGACACAGAGGAGGAGGAGAAAGAGAAGGAGGAGUUGGAGACUUUGCCAGUGACUUGCCUCAUCUUCCUUACACAGUUGGUGUACUGCUAUAUAAUCCUUCCAGUGCCUCCAUAUGUAUGUUCGGUGGUGCAUGGGAUAGUAGCUGGGUUCAUGUUGGCCUUGCUGGUCCUCUGGCUGUCCUCUCCUCGAGGCUCGUCAUCGGGGACGAGGAAAGGAAGGGGAAGGAUGGAUCAUUGGAAUGUUGCCCAGCUGGAUAUCAAAGAGCCAGGAACCUUCAAGGGCUGGAUGAAUGAGAUCCACUGCUACGACCCGGAGAUGUACCACGCCACUUUGACCCACUCUGUUUACGUCCGUCUAGAGGGCUCUGUGCUGCGUCUCUCCAAACCCAACCGGAACAUUUCCCGCCGUGCCACACACAACGAGCCUAAACCUGACAUCACUUACAUCAGCCAGAAGAUCUAUGACCUGACGGACAGCAAGAUCAACUUGGUGCCCCAAAGCUUGGCUAGGAAGAGAGUUUGGAACAAGAAGUAUCCCAUUUGCAUUGAGUUGGCUAAGCAGGAGGACUUCAUGUCCAAGACCCAGGUAGAGAAGUCUGAUGCUGGGGAGGAGAAACUAGCAACGCUGGGUGAGAAGCUCGAACGAAGUGAGUCAGAGUUGGUAUCGGGAUCAAGCUCAACAGAGGAACCCAAAAAAACAACUUCUGCAGGCGGGGAACUGACAAUCUACUUGUUUGGGAGGACGGGUCGGGAAAAAGAAGAGUGGUUCCGGAGAUUUCUUCUAGCGUCCCGAAUAAAGGCAGAGGGGAAAGGUGUCAGUCUGCCUGGCAUCUGCAAGAGUGCCUUCUUGUCCACCCACAGCCGCAGUAGCAGCCCCCAAUUGGGUGGAGGCCUGGAGGCUGACAGCAGGAGCAGCAGCCGGGGGAGCCUGGAGGAGCUGUCGCAGCUCCGCCACAGAGACCCCUCCUCUGCUCUCACCUGUGGCUCUACUGCAGGGAUGAAGCAGAAGAUGCUGUUGGACUAUAAUGUCUUCAUGGCCAAAUAUGUCAACCCCCAGGCGCCACAGACAAGCCCAACUGCCACUGAGAGCCCUGGGCCCAGCCCCGAGAGCAGCCCCAAAACUACUAAAAAGACACGCAGGAGUUCAGAGGAACCUGCGGAGCCCGAGGCCUGGGUCAAUGCUUUUGUGGGACGGAUGUUCUGGGACUUCCUGGGAGAGAAAUACUGGGCUGAUGUAGUCUCCAAGAAGAUCCAGAUGAAGCUCAGUAAGAUCAGGCUGCCAUACGUUAUGAACGAGCUGACAUUGACAGAGCUAGACAUGGGCUUUUCCAUUCCUAAGAUCCUCAAUGCCUCCAAACCCUCUGUGGACCACCAAGGUCUGUGGUUCGAUCUUGAGGUCUCGUACACGGGGUCCUUCCUCAUGACACUAGAAACCAAGAUGAACCUGGCCCGUCUGGGGAAGGAGGGCGAGGGGCUCGGGGAGCAAGGAAAAGAGUGGCCACGGACGUACUGUCUGGCAGACAGCGAUGAGGAGUCGUCUAGUGCCGGGUCUUCGGAUGAAGAGGACCCCCCCGAACUCCUCAGUGACAGAGCCAUUCUUCCUGGAGCAGAGGGCUACGUGGGAGGCCACAGGCCCAGCAAGAUUAUGCGCUUUAUGGACAAGAUAGCCAAGUCGAAGUACUUCCAGAAAGCCACAGAGACGGAGUUCAUUAAGAAGAAGAUGGAGGAGGUGUCAAACACGCCCCUGUUGCUAACUGUGGAGGUGCAGGAGUUUCGUGGGACUCUGGCUGUCAACAUCCCACCACCCCCUACGGACAGGAUAUGGUAUGGUUUCCGGAGUCCGCCUCACCUAGAGCUUAAAGCACGGCCUAAACUGGGUGAGAGGGAGGUCACUUUAGUUCAUGUGACAGACUGGAUUGAGAAGAAACUAGACCAGGAAUUCCAGAAAAUAUUUGUGAUGCCAAAUAUGGACGAUUUAUGGCUACCCAUAAUGCACUCUGCCAUGGACACACGUUCGAAUGCCAACAUGGUUACUGUGACAAAUGAGGCCUUGAAGGACCAAGAACCUGAGGAGUCUGAGGUCUCCGAAGAGUGAAGACCGCUGUUCAAAGUGUGUGAUGACUGACAUGUUAUCACCAUGGCAAUAUGAUGAGUCCCCGCCCCUCUCAGAGACCCACAAGUGCAGCAACGGGCCGGGCCAACUCCAAUAUUUUUAACCAUGUUCCAGUCCCAUUGUUGCACCACACAUGAAGUGCGUCAAAAACUGUAAAUGGGGGCUGUGUCGUAAUCAUCUGGGGUGACUCCAAGCAGGGAAACGGAAGAGAGUUGUGACUCAUAGAUUGUCCUCCAAUCAGUUUUAUUCUUAAUAUGUUUCAUUUUCUGAUGGAAUUUAAUACAUGGGGCAUGUCCAGACUGCUUUAACAAACGUGUGUGUUGGUGGAUCAACAUAAUAGCCAUCAGAAGAACCAUAAGACCUGUGAUGUACAUCUGCACUAAACAUGAUAGUACAAUACAUUUUAGUGCGACCUUUCUAAUCGAGCAUUUUGUUGCUAAACAGUUCCAAAGCUUUGAAGCACCUGAUGAAGACAGUAUGAGUUUGAGGGAAACAUCCUAAGAUUUGGAUAAGAUUUUUCUGGAAGUCCCUGUCUCAAUUGAUACAUAUUUCACAGGGACAACUCAUUGAUCAACCAUCCACACUGCUGCCUGUGCCGGUCGCCUGGCACCUUUAUGCAAACAGAUCAACGGCACUUUGUCCAUCGAAGACACUAGGUCAGUUUAAAUCCACAAUGGACACAAUCACAACAUACAGCUUGUGUGCUUUUAACCAUGUGGUAGGGAUUAGAGUUAAAACUGACUUUAGAGGGGAACAUUUAAAAGUAUCUGCAAACACAGCAGCUAAACAUUGCCUAGGUCUGAUGAAUGUAAAAACUUGAAUGCAGCUCCUCAGCUGUUCAAGGAAUAGCUCAUUCACUGACAACGUGCUUCUACGCAACAUGCUUCAAGACUUCUUUUCAUGUUAUAUCCAGAGUUGAGCUAAAGUAAUAAUUUUGGUUUUAUUGCCAAAGCAAUUUUUCACUCCUGAGGUAAGCGUUGAGAAAAUAAGCAAUCGGUGUAUUCGCUUGUGUCCCUAUUGAGGCCACUGCAGUGAUGUACUGCACACGUUUGGACAGGAGACGAGAAAAACCCUGAGUUUUUAGGUCAUAAAAGAGGGAGACAAACUCACUCUUACCGCUUUAUUUGAAUAAGUGACAUACUGGAUAUUAGCCAUAUUAUUUAAUGUUGUCAGAAGACAUCCAGCUAAUGAAUGCUCUUAAAUUAUUUAUUGAUCUGCUGUUUUUCGUACUGUUUUCCAAGACAUACCAUUUUACUGAACAGCAGCGUUGUAUUCUGCCAAGACGCUAAGCUGCUUUACAGGCGACUAUUAUUUUGUACAUGUUUUGUUUAAAUAUAUGUGUUGGCAAAGUGUAAGAGGCAGAAAGUGCCUUUAAAAUAAACAUUCCUCCGUAGUCAGCCAUCACAUUUGUUGCAUCAGUCGAGGAUAUAGAAAGUGUCUUUGUGCCAUUACUGUGUCUGUCAAGACAUGCCCUAUGGUUUCACAAGUUUUGGUGUUGUUCUUUUGCACAGUGAUGACAAAAAUAUCAAACAUUACUGUUGUGUUCAGUGAUGUCAAAGAAUGUUACGGUUCUGAUCGUUGUGGAUCAAUAAAACCUAUUGCUUGGAAA